AUGGGAACCGGGAAGAAGGAAGCCAGCCGGCGUGAGCGCCAAGGCAAGACCGGCGAUGGCCUUGGCAACGUGCGCGUCAAAGGCGAGAACUUCUACCGAAAUGCGAAGAAGGUCAAGGCUUUGAGCAUGUACAAGGAGGGCAAGGUGCAGAGAAAUGCAGACGGACAGAUCACCAAGGCCGCCUCAUACCAGUCGCGCGACAUCCCAAACGCCCGGAUCGAGCCAAACCGCAAGUGGUUUACAAAUACUCGGGUUGUCUCUCAGGACACGCUCAAGGCGUUCCGUGAGGCCAUGGCAGAGAAGGCCAAUGACCCGUACCAAGUGCUCCUGAAGUCCAACAAGCUACCCAUGAGCCUCAUCCGAGACGGUCAGGACACCAACGGCAUCAAACAGCACAGAGCCAAGAUGACUGUCGAGAGCUCUCCCUUCGCCGACACCUUCGGCCCCAGGGCACAGCGCAAGCGCGUUAAGCUUGGCGUGAGCUCCUUGGAGGAUCUCGCCGACGACACGGAGAAGAGUAUGGACUCGUACCAAGACCGCCUGGAACAAGCAAAGCUCCUGAGCGGUCAAGGUGACAACGAAGAGCAGGUCUCCAUGGCAAUCGAGCCCGUAUUCGACAAGGGUCAGAGUAAGAGGAUAUGGAAUGAGCUUUACAAGGUCAUUGACUCCUCGGACGUCGUCAUUCACGUGCUCGACGCCAGGGAUCCGGUUGGCACUCGUUGCAGAAGCGUUGAGAAAUAUCUCAAGGAAGAAGCCCCCCACAAGCACUUGAUCUUCGUCUUGAACAAGUGCGACUUGGUCCCUACAAGCGUUGCGGCCGGUUGGGUGCGCAGUCUUUCCAAGGAGUACCCUACUCUCGCGUUCCAUGCAAGCAUCACCAAUUCCUUCGGCAAGGGUUCAUUGAUCCAGCUGCUGCGGCAGUUUUCGAGCCUCCAUUCGGACAGGAAACAGAUAUCGGUGGGCCUCAUUGGCGGUCCCAACACGGGAAAAUCGUCCAUCAUCAAUACGUUGCUUAAGAAGAAGGUCUGCAACGUCGCCCCUAUACCAGGGGAGACAAAAGUGUGGCAGUACGUCAGCCUCAUGAAGCGUAUUUACCUCAUAGACUGCCCGGGUGUGGUCCCGCCCUCGAGUACGGAUACGCCGACCGAUCUUAUUCUCCGUGGCGUCGUCCGCGUCGAAAAGGUGGAGCAUCCGGAGCAGUACAUCAGCGCCGUGCUGGGCCGGGUGAAGCAUCAUCACAUGGAGAAAACCUAUGAGUUGAAGGGCUGGGGAAAUGCCACUGAACUGUUGGAGCUGCUCGCCAGGAAGAGUGGCCGCCUUCUGCGGGGUGGCGAGCCGGACCUAGAUGGCGUGGCGAAGAUGGUACUGAAUGACUUCAUGCGGGGCAAGAUACCAUGGUUCACGCCGGCACCCAAGGACGAGGACGAUGAAGACGCUUUGGAAGGGCGCAACGGGAAACUUGGGGAGAUGCCGAGAAAACGACCGGCGGAUACUUCUGGCGAUUCUGGCGUCCUAUCGUUGACCGAUGACGAAGGCAGCACUGGUGAAGGACCUUUCGAGGGUUUCGGCAGCGAUGUCGACGCUGCGGGGGUGGAUGGGGCGACAUCUAGCGAGGACGCGGCGGAGACGUUGGGCAGUGACAAGGAUGCCGUCACCGAGUCGACCGAUACAGGGCGGCAGCAUGGUGGUUCGCGGCCGACUAAGAGGCCUCGCCGGCGAGCCGCGACCUGA